AUGAAUAAGACAAAAAACAAUCAUAGGAGAUCAUAGUCUAAUAAUGAUUUCCAGUAGAUCAUGUGUUCUAAAAUAGCUGGAUUGGUUGAAUAAAAUUCUCAUAAAAAUUUACUGAAAAACCAAAGCUUUGGUAAUAUGUUAUUCCAAAUCCCUGAAUAAACUGACAUUGGUUCUUCAACAGAAUAAUCUCAUCAUUCUGAAAAGAAGAGCUGUAUAACUGAUAAUUUGCUAUCUAAUAAAAAGAAUUAUUCAUAAGACCAAAAAGAAAAUCUAAUAAACUCCAAUUCUUGUAAUAACAUUAUCUCAUCAAUUUAAUAUAUGAUUAAAAGUAGUCAUCCUAUAAAAGAAAUAGCAUAAAAAACAUUGAACAAUGAAAGUUAAAGUAAAAAAAAGCAAUUAAGUUUUACAAAUGAAUUGCAAAAGAAAAAUAGCCAAAUUCUCCAUUAGCAAAAUAAAAUAGAUAUCUCAUCAAGUUUGACUCCAGAUAGGAAAAAAAUGGAUAACAAUAAUAGUAAAUAGAACAGUCACAAAUAAAAAUCAGCUUAAUAAUAGAUAGACGGUCAAGAGAAAUCAAAAAUAGAAUUGUCAAACUUUUUAUUGAACAAUUUAUUAAAGGUGGACUAAAAAAAGAAAACUAAUGUGGAACAAUAGGAUUCCUUUAGAAGAAUUGAAUUUCAAAUGAAUGAGAUAUAGAAAGACAUUUCAAAAAUAAAAAAAAGACAAGAUGAAUUAGAUUUAUUCAAUAGAAACAUAUAGAAUUAACUAUUUGAUUUUAUUUCGGAAAGUAGAAAAUAUCAGGAUUAUGGAUAUUAAUCUCUCUAAAAACUCGAAUAAUUAGAACAAAUCACCAGAAGAAAUGAAGAAUCAAUAAAAAUGCUUAAAUAAAAAUUAUUGAACAAUGACAAUUAGUAGAUUACUACUAAGUAACAUGAAAAUAAUAUCAAUUUUGGUAAUAUUUCCUCUUACAAACAAGAACUUGAUAUACAAAAAAAAAUGUCUGAUUUUAAGUAUAUCAAAUACAAUUGA